AUGCAUAGCAUUGAGGAAAGCGCUGAAGAAGAAAGUGUAAGGGCUCCUAUUCCACUCAUAAUUGUCCAGCCAGCAGAUGUUGAAGAAGAAUUUCUGGACGUCGAAGCAACGGUUGAACUUCCUGCACUUCCUAAAGUCGUCGAAAAACCCGAAGAAAAGCCCGAGGCUCAUCGUGAGAUCUGCGUCCCUGAUUUGACAGAAGAAGGAAAAGGCGAAACAGUUGCGUAUCGAACAGAGAUGGGCAACUGCGCAAAAGCCAUUAAGAAGAGGGUGGUGAAAGACGGACAUAGCGAGAAGGCAGAUGCAAUCCUCGUGCCACAGCGUGUUGUACCGGCAGAAGAAACGGUAGCACUUGAUGAGAGUACUGUGAUUCCCGAAGAGGAAAUCCUAGAACUGGAGCCACAACCUUGUGAAGAAGAGAAGGGAACGCCUGAAGUGAACGUUGUGCCAACAUAUGUGCGUCCAUUGACCGAGAAAGUUGUAGAGGAGUCGGCAAGUCGUUUCGCUGACAAAAAAGUUCCGACCGAUUUCGCCCACAAACACGUCAUUCAACCUCCUAAACUACAAACGGCUGCUGUACAAAAAGUUGAAACGAAGAUUGCACCUGAGUAC